AUGACUCAGAUCGCCAAAGGGAAUCGAUCUCCUCUGAUCAGGUAUUACAGAGGAGCUGUUGGAGCCCUGCUGGUCUACGACAUCACCAAACACCUCACCUAUGAGAGCGUGGAGCGCUGGCUAAAGGAGCUGUAUGACCACGCUGACCCCCACAUUGUGGUCAUGCUGGUGGGCAACAAGACUGACCUGGAUUCAGAGAGAUCUGUGCCCAUCGACGAGGCUAAAGACUAUGCCGAAAAGAAUGGUCUUUUGUAUCUGGAGACGUCUGCAUUGGAGUCAACUAACGUGGAGGAAGCAUUCAACAAUGUCCUGCAAGAGAUUCACAGGAAGGUGAGCAGUAAGGAAGUGGUCCGGGGCUCCAUCAGUGCUGUGUCCUUGAACAGCUCCGUAAAAGAAAACACAGAGGACAAGAAGCCCUGCUGCAGGAACAUCUGACCACAAUGUCCUCCAGGAGCCAAGGGGCCUCAGGGCGGGUGACCUUCAGCCACAAACCUGUACAAAAUCUCAAUGAGAGGCAGGGAAACGGCAUCUGCGGGUGCCUAAAUGAAUGGUCCUGGCUUAAGAGACGGUGCUUUGAAAUGACUGAUUUACAUGUUUUACAGGCUGUAUGAUGUAUUCAAAAGAUGAUUGUAAAUGACAGUAUAAUGGAGACCAACAUCAAUCCUUGAAGAGUAUCUGCUGACUAUUGAGCAAAGGUCAAAAAUAAAACACUUAACCAUGUUACCUGCAAGAUUAUAUUUGUAUAUAAUCCAUGCACAGAAUUGGAGAAACCCAAAUACAUAAAGGUUUUAAUGUUAAUGACUCAUGACUGUUUUAUGUUUAUUGGUUGGUGACACUAUUAGUCUUGGGACGGCGUUAUCUCUGUGCCUUUGGUAAAGAAUGGUCCAGUGUACUCUCUGCUGAGGUAAAUAAGAUAGGAAGCGUUGAAGCACCUUUACUUAACAUUUAGGGAAUUCGACCAGCUCUUAUCACUGCUGCCAUUUCCAGGUCAUUUCAAUCCGUCAGGAACCUUCACAAGCAAAAAAAAGGCUUGCUGUCACUGCUGUGUGUGUGCUUGAGCUUAUGAUUAAGGAUGAGAAUGUUGAGAAAUAAAUAAUUUAUA